UAUCUGGGCUUCUAACUAAAAAUUGAUCAAACAACAUAGUCAGCCCAAUUGAGUAAAGUAGCCCAACCAAACCAAGGCCCAGCACUCUAAGAAGAAUAAUAUUUGAGCCUAGGGCACAGCCGCACGGUCAGGCUAGAGAACAUUCUCGAACGUCAGACGUAUUCUCCAAAGUUGUUCUGGAGGUGCGAUUAUGAAGAAGUACAAUGACUGAAGAUCGCCAAGUAUGCCACCUGAAGUCAAUCGGAGGAGCAAAAGUUGAUCUGAGAGAUGCUAUCACCACCACCAUCAUCACCAGUCACCAGCGAUGUUCUUCUUUUUCAUUCAUCUUACCUCGACCUUAUCAGGUUUCCAUUCUUCAACGAAUUGCUUCAAUCGCACGUGCAGUGUGCAGAUCACGAGGGUAUUAAUGGAAAAUAGGGUAGCGUCUCAAAAAUACUCUCUUUGGGUGAGAGUAUUUUUUUUGAGCGGGAACGGCGGCUUAUCCGCUGCCGUUUUCUGCCCGUUUGGUGGCAGGGCGUGGCAUAGCGGUUCACGCUAACGGUACCGCUGAGCACACGCCCUACCAAACGGGGCCUAGGAGUCUAGUUGGAAGGAAGCAGCAGAGGCAAUUCUCUCCACUGACUACAAAUAGUAUCUCGCGGAGCUGCCUGAUAUUUACGACAGAGUGUAUAAAGAGCAAAUGGAGGUUGCCAAAAGCAAAGCACCCGGAGAGUUAUUGAAUUGGAAGGAUCUUCAAAGAAUGAAGUAUUCAUGGAACGUAGCGUGUGAAGUACUACGACUCACACCACCUCUCCAAGGUACAUUCAGGGAAGCCAUUAAUGACUUUGUUUUCAACGGCUUCUUCAUCCCCAAAGGCUGGAAGUUGUAUUGGAGUGUACACACAACCCAUAAACACCCCGAAUACUUCCCGGAACCCGAUAAAUUUGACCCGAGCAUAUUCGAAGGAGUUGGACCGGCUCCUUACACAUAUGCUCCAUUUGGAGGAGGUCCAAGAAUGUGCCCAGGAAAAGAGUAUGCUCGACUGGAAAUACUAGUGUUCAUGCACAACCUUGUGAAAAGGUUCCGAUGGGAGAAAUUGGUUCAUGAUGAAAAGACUGUUGUUGAUCCAAUGCCAAGGCCAGUCAAAGGACUUCCAAUUCACCUUUAUUGUCACAAAACUUGAAUUAGCUUUUAGUUUUUAUAUAUUUUAGUAACUAUUUCCAAUAAUCCUCUGCUGAGGUGGUUAAGGCAUGUAUUCAAAUUCGAUGUUUAAGACGUAUGCUCAU